AUGGGCGAAUCCAGACAAGAGCUGCUGGCAUGGUUGAACAACCUGCUGCAGUUGAACAUCACUAAGAUCGAGCAGUGUGGAACCGGUGCUGCGCUAUGCCAGAUCUUUGACUCCAUUUUCAUGGAUGUGCCCAUGUCCCGGGUGAAGUUCAACGUCAACAGCGAAUAUGCUUACCUCCAAAACUUCAAGAUCCUCCAGAAUAUCUUCACCAAGCACACUGUCGAGAAGCCCAUCCCCGUUCAAUCCCUUAGCAAGUGCCGUAUGCAGGACAACCUCGAAUUCCUCCAGUGGACCAAGCGAUACUGGGACCAGCACUAUCCCGGCGGUGAGUAUGACGCCGUCGGCCGCCGGAAAGCAUCUGGCGCUCCCGCAGGUGCCCCUGCUGCGCGUACUGUCUCAGCCGGUUCGCGACGCGGCGCGACCCCGACUACUGGUGGUGCCGCCCGACCCCGGGUUGCUGCCGCGCCGACCGGUGCCGCCACCGCGGCUCUGCAGCAGGAGAUUUCGACACAGAAGGAGGCCAUUGCCGGACUCGAGAAGGAGCGGGACUUCUACUUUGCCAAGUUGCGCGACAUCGAGUUGCUGCUGCAGAGCGCUAUUGAGGCGGACCCCGAGUUGGAUAAGGAGGAGGAUACUCUUGUCAAGCACAUCCAGGGCAUUCUGUACUCAACCGAAGAUGGAUUCGAGAUCCCCGCGGAGGGUGAGGAGGUCGUGGGUGACGACCUGGAGACGUUCUAA